CACUUUAAUCUACACAGAAGAGAACGACAUGGUGGAACAAACGAGACGGCCGAGACGCAUCGUCUCCCUCCUGGCUGGACCUGGUGAGGUGGGCACCGACGCCCUGCUGGACAUGAACCUCAGAAUAAAUGACAGAGCUGCACAGGACUUCGGGCGACAGUUGGCCGUUAUUGGAGAUCAGCUGGACCGGGAGUGGACCCGCCGACCUCCAAACUGGCUCCCCAACGCUCUCGACAUGCUGAGACCCGCUCGGGCUCUGACGAGGACCGUAUAUCGAGACAUCCACAGUCAGCUGCGGGGCUUCCAGGGCCUGACUGCUGCGGUGAAGGCCUGGAUAGCGAGCACCGGGCCCGGGAUGGGCAUCCUCAGAGCGGACGCCUGGGCAACCUGGGCAUCCAGUUUGAAACCAGUACGCUGCCCUGGCUGGAACAGAGCACUGGUGACUGUGGCACUGGUGGCUGCAGUGACCAUGCUUGGUGGACUCUGGGUGGAAUGGAAAGCCUAAAAAAAAUAUAACAGACCAUAAGCAGGUCUUUUAUGCCAUUACAUUUUUACAAAUUAAUGGCAAUUAUUGCCGUUUGUUUCUGCCGUUUACUUUUCUUUUUAUACCGUUUGAAUGAUGUAUUGAAUUUGACGCUAUAUGACCGUAAACAGGAGUACAACAAAAAUAGAACUGUAAAAUUUUGUCAUAACAUGUGGAAAUAGUUUUGAUGGGUUUUUACAGUGUUGCCCAAGGAAGCGGCCAGCGUAUUGUAGCAGUGACGUGUUGGUUCAGUUGUAUUAAAUGUCAAGAAGCGUGUUUCCCCAUGGCUGGACUGUUGCUGAUCUGCAGUCUUUUGUAUCCAGAUGAGUUUCUUACUGGUUUAAGAGGCCGACGUUUUUAUACAAAAUAUGCAGCCUGGCUUUAUAAAAAAAUUAAAAAACAUAAAAAUAAAAAUGAAGGGAGCUGGACUUUUUCAAAUUUGAAUCUUUUUCUUCAGGCCAUGCCAAUAAACUUUGAAAUGAU